UGACUACUACCAAAUAUAUCUGCCUUGCAACAUUCGUUCAGAGGCAUUUUUUGCAUUUUGUUUAUAUAAAACUCAAAAAUUAUCAAUUAAAAUUUGUAAAAAUGCGUUUAACCCUUAUCCAAUUGUUUAAAGAUACCGUUCCCGGUCAUAUCUUUCGUGGUAAACGUCGCUUGGUAAAACCCGUUAGCAAGCGGGCCAUGGAAACGUUACGACGUGAAUACGAACGUCAGGAACAAAUUAUGUUGUACUUGAGGCACCCAUAUUUGUCUGUGGAGGAAUCUGAGGGACACGUUAAGGAUCUAAAGAAAUCAGAGGCUAAAAUUGCCAUGUGGAAUGAUGCACAAACUGCAAAGAAACUCAAACCACAUGUAACCAUUGAGGAACGUUUGAGUCAUCUCAAAGUAAAGGAAGCUUGGGACUAGGUUAUAUAAAUAUCCGUUGUAGUGUUUUUGUUAAUAAAAUAAGUUGCAAUAAAUGUUAAUGAAAAGUUCAA